UUCUCAUAGACUAGGAAUGAAAGGCAACCAUUUGCUGUCUUGCUGUCAGUGCCUCUGGAGUCAAGCUGCAUCAAGAGGAGUUCUUCACACAGUUGUUUCUAGGACCUCUUGUUAGAUACUUUAUUCAAAAGGUGAAAUGUCAACAAAAGCAGCAAGCUCUAAACUGAAAAUCAAUCCUCAGGAUCUGCAGAUCCAGACAUUUACAGUGGAGAAAUUAUUGGAACCACUGAUAAUUCAGGUUACAACACUAGUGAACUGUCCACAGAAUCCUUCUAAUAAGAAAAAGGGCCGCUCCAAAAGAGCUCGUGUCUUGCUAGCUUCUGUGGAAGAAGCCACUUGGAAUCUGUUGGACAAGGGGGAAAAAAUUGCUAAGGAAGCAAUUGUCUUUAAAGAGGAACUUCAUGCAGCACUUGCCAAUGUCCAGAAAGAGAGUCAAGCCUUAAAGGUAUCAGCAGAGGCAUUUACCAGUGAUCCCUGCUUUCUGCCUAAGAGGCAGGCUGUUGUCCAAGCAGCACGAUCUCUGCUUACAGCUGUCACAAGGCUUCUCAUUCUGGCAGACAUGGUUGAUGUGGCAUACUUGCUGGAACAUCUGACUGUGUUUCAAAGAACGUUUGAAUCUUUAAGAAAUGUAUCCAGUAAAUCUGAUCUACAGAAAACUUACCAAAAAUUCCGAAAAGAUCUGGAAAAUCUUGAUUAUUUGGCAUACAAACGUCAACAGGAGCUGGAGAUCUGUGUUCAGUCACAGGGCCAUGAUCUUGUUGCAGUUACUGAGACAUGGUGGGAUAUCUCACAUGACUGGGAUGUUGUCGUGGAUGGCUAUGUACUGUUUAGGAUAGAGAGACCAGGAAGGCAAGAGGAAGUCGCUCUCUAUGUGUGUAAGGAACUGGAAUGUGUAGAGCUUUGUCUAGGGGAAAAGGAAGAACCUGUUGAAAGUUUAUGGGUAGGAAUCAAGGGGCAGGCUAAACUGGGAUAUAUUGUCAUAGGUGUUUACUAUAGAUUGCCAGACCAGGAAGAAGGAGUAGAUGAAGCCUUCUACAGACAACUGGAGGUAGCCUCCAGAUCGAAUGCCCUAGUCAUUUGCUGGGAAGGUCACACAGUUAGGCACACACAAUCCAGAAGGUUCCUGCAGUGUAUUGAUGACAACUUUCUGACACAGGUGGUAGAGGAGCCAACAAGGAGAGGUGUGCUGCUGGAUCUGGUUUUAACAAACAAGGAUGGAUUG